AGGCGGGGCACCCACAAAACCCUCGAGAAAGGAUCAAAAAUCUAUUAAUUCCCAAAGGUCCAGAUGCGAAAAGCCACUCUCUGAGCUGCCAGAGACUGAGUGGAAACAGCAUAGCAGAAAGCAUUUUGUCUAAGGAGUGAUGGAGCCUAAAGCUGGAGCUGCUCAGCAUAUAAGGCAAGUGCUGCUUUUCUUUGUUUUCCUAGAAGCGUCCUCGGUUCUUGCCACGACCUGGAGAUACUCUGUGCCAGAAGAAAUGGAGACUGGUUCCUCUAUAGCAAAUAUAAUAAAAGAUAUGGAUGUGGGUGAUCUAGCUGCACGGGGGGCCAGAGUUAUAUUUGAUGACUACCAGCCUUAUUUGCGGUUAGAGCUAGAGACUGGCAACUUGCUUUUGAAUGAAAAACUUGACAGGGAGACACUUUGUUCUACCAGCGAACCAUGUAUAUUGCAUUUCCAGGUGUUAUUGGAAAAUCCUCUGCAAUUUUUUCAGGCUGAGCUUUUGAUUGAAGACAUAAAUGACCAUACCCCCACGUUUCUAGAAAAACUCAUAUUUCUAAAUAUCUCAGAAAGUGCUACUCCAGGAACCUCAUUCCAAAUGGAUGAUGCUCAGGACUUGGAUAUAGGGAUGAAUGGUAUCCAAAACUAUUCAAUAAGCCCCAACCCCUAUUUCUAUCUUAAGUUAAAAGACAGUGGUAAAGGAAGACGAUAUCCAGAGCUGGUACUGGUUAGAUCUCUGGACAGAGAAAAGGAGGCUUCAAUUAGCUUAAUACUAACAGCUAUGGAUGGUGGGUCCCUGCCCAGGUCAGGGACUGUAUUAGUUCAAGUUGUGGUUCUGGAUGUCAAUGACAAUGCCCCUGAGUUUGAAAAAACCCUGUAUGAGGUCCAAGUACCAGAGAACAGUUCUGUGGACUCGCUGGUAAUCAAGGUGUCUGCUACAGAUUUGGAUUCAGGACUAAAUGGAGAAAUAUCUUACUUGGUUUCUCAUAUCUCUAGAGAUGUACAAAAAACAUUCGAAAUCCAUCCAAUCUCUGGUGAAGUCCAUUUGAAAACACUCCUAGAUUUUGAAGUAAUUCAGUCUUAUACAAUAAAUAUUCAAGCGAUUGAUGGUGGUGGUCUCUCUGGAAAAUCAGUCAUUAUUGUUCAGGUCACAGAUGUGAAUGACAACCCACCAGAAAUAGUCAUUACAUCUCUUAUGAGCUCUAUCCCAGAGAACGGUUUGUCAGAGAUGGUGGUCGCUGUUUUCAGUUUACGAGACCAAGACUCUGGAGAAAAUGGGAGAAUGAUGUGUUCAAUUCAAGACAAACUCCCUUUCCUCUUGAAACCUACUUUCAAAAGUUUCUACACUCUAGUAACAGAGCAUCCACUGGACAGAGAGAGCAGAGCUGAGUACAACAUCACCAUCACUGUCUCCGACCUGGGCACACCCAGGCUCACAACCCAGCACACCAUAACAGUGCAGGUGUCCGACAUCAACGACAACGCCCCUACCUUUACCCAAACCUCCUACACCAUGUUCGUCCAAGAGAACAACAGCCCAGCCAUGCACAUAGGCACCAUCAGUGCCACAGACUCAGAUUUAGGCUCCAAUGCCCACAUCACCUACUCACUGCUGCCGCCCCAGGACCAGCGGCUGGCCCUCACCUCGCUCAUCUCCAUCAAUGCUGACAACGGGCAGCUGUUUGCGCUCAGAGCUCUGGACUAUGAAGCCCUGCAGGCCUUCGAGUUCCGCGUGGGUGCCACGGACCAAGGCUUGCCCGCGCUCAGCAGCCAGGUGCUGGUGCACGUGGUGGUGCUGGAUGACAAUGACAAUGCGCCCUUCGUGCUCUACCCACUGCAGAACGCUUCUGCACUCUGCACUGAGCUGCUGCCCAGAGCGGCAGAGCCCGGAUACCUGGUCACCAAGGUGGUGGCUGUGGAUCGCGACUCUGGCCAGAAUGCCUGGCUGUCNUUCCAGCUGCUCAAGNCCACGGAGCCCGGNNUGUUCAGCGUGUGGGCNCACAAUGGNGAGGUGCGNACCACCAGGCUGCUGAGCGAGCGCGAUGUGUCCAAGCACAGGCUGCUGCUGGUGGUCAAGGACAAUGGCGAUCCUCCGCGCUCUGUCAGCGUCACGCUGCACCUGUUGGUGGUGGAUGGCUUCUCCCAGCCCUACCUGCCUCUGCCAGAGGUGGCGCGCGACCCUAUCCACGUGGAUGAGGAAGCGCUCACACUCUACUUGGUCAUUGCCUUGGCGUCUGUGUCUUCACUCUUCCUCUUGUCUGUGCUGCUGUUCGUGGGGGUGAGGCUGUGCAGGAGGGCCAGAGCGGCCUCUCUGGAUGGCUACUCUGAGCCUGAUGGACACUUUCCUGGCCACCUGGUGGAUGUCAGCGGCGCGGGGACCCUGUCCCAGACCUACCAAUAUGAGGUGUGUCUGACAGGAAUGUCGGAUUCCAAUGAUAUUCGGUUCCUAAAGCCGUUUCCCAACCUUGAGCGAGCAGUGAAAUGCAUGAAAGAAAACACCUCCUCUAUGAAUCGUUUUGGAUACAAUUAGCAAUUUGUUGACUCUCAUCGUGGUUCCUGAUGAGCAUUGGUUCUUUUUAAACAUUCUUGUUUUCUAUUAUUUUAUCUUCAUGAGGAACAACUAAAAUUUUGCCAUUAUUUUCCUAAUUCAGUUGAUAACUUUCAUGUUUAUCCUUACAGGUUGGUCUCUAAAAAAAAUCAUUUCCUGAUGAAAACAGAGAACUUUACUCAUUACUGACAAGUCACAGUUUCUUCAACGUGUUAAAUUCUCGAAAAUUAAUCAUUAUUGAUUUGAAAAUCCUCACCUUCAUUCUAUUUGAAUGUUGUUCACAAAAAAAAAAAUCGAAAGCAUUGAUUUUUUGAAGAUAAAUGUGAUACAAAUGUAAUGAAUUAUCAGGGUAUCUUCCGUCUAAUCUAAUAUUAUGCUUUCCUAACUAGACUAUUUAGUGUCUGAAAAUGCAUGGUUUUGUUGUAUAGCAGUAUUAAUCAGAAAUGACAAUUUCUCUGAAAUGUCAAGACUUUUACUGAUUUAAUGAAUACCAACAUGUAAUACAUAUAAAUAUUGUUUAAAUGUUUUUAGUUUAUCUCAAAAGUUGUCAAGAGUUAGACCCCUCCUGUGACAUCUAUCUAGCCCACCUCACAUUUUCUGAAAAUAUCACUCUUCAGCAUAGAUACAAGAUCAAAGUUCAGCUUGCUUUGAACAACUCAGGCCCCUCUAUGAUUUCAAACAGUUGGAUCGAGUGAUGGGCAUUGCUAAUCUAAACUGAACCAGUCUGACCCUGGUUACUUUUAAAUUCACUUUAGAAACCAGAUGUGUUCUAGUUUCUCUGCUAGGAACAUUGCAAGAAAGUUAUGUCAUCUUUUGGUGUUGUAACAAAUGUCAAACCUCUGGGAGAUGAAAGGAAAGACAUACCAAGCAAGUAACCUUGUGGAGGACCAUCAUUUUGACAUGACUUUCACUACUGGGUUUGGGAACUGGGGACAGAGAACUAAGACGUGCCCUUGUAAUAAAUGCUCCUAAUACAGCUUAGUAGAUGUUUGUUUUUCUAAAAGCAUGUUUUGAUAUUCUUGCCUGGAUUAGUGAACUAUACCUGUUAGUUUUAUUUUUAUUGGGUCUUUCAUGUUAAUAUAACACAAUUAAAAUGUUUGCGAACUAUUACAGUAGCAUAGAAAGGACGUGUGAAACUUUUGUCUAUAAGGAAAAUUUUGAAGAUAGGAGUAGUGUU